AUGCAGUUCACUGAUAUCUUCCGAUCUCUAGCCUCGCGGCCUCGGUCGUCGACGAAGGGACCACUUGAUGUGGACGAUGCUCCUCUGGCCUCCCCAUUAUCACCACAAACCAACCGCCUCAGCGCAAGCCAGCAUGCAAGCCCCCGAAUCAGCACACCACAGGCCCGCUCGCCCUCGCGGCCCACAGCAGCAGCACCGCCCUCGUCAUCAUCAGACGCGCCCCUGACAUCCAAGGACUUCUCGUUCCUCCUAAAGCCCGAGAUCUACCACCAAAUCUCCCCCCUCUCCAUCCCAGCCCCCUUCCGCACACCCUCGCGGCAACCCGCCCCGGAAACCCCUAUCCCAGACCUCCUGUCCAGCGGGCACUUUCGCGCGGCUGCCAUCGCCGCAGUGCAGGCUCUAACCAGCAGUCCCGUAUCAGCAACAACAGCCGCGGCACACCCACCCGCAGACCCGACGGACCACGCCCGCAUUUUCGAGCUCCUGUACACGCGCCUAGCCUGCCUCUGCCUCAUCGACGCGGUCCCGCUCGCCGCGCAGGAGGCCAAGGCGCUCGAGGAUCUGAAUUCGGCCUUCUACCUCGACCCGCUCAGCGGCGCGCACCUGGUCCCCUGGGAGCUGCGUACCCUGGCGGUCCGGCUGCAGACGAUCGGGUUCGGCGACCCGCGCGGCGCGGUGAUGAGCUACUAUGAGCUGGCGCGGGAGGCGCGCGCCGAGAUUGCGAAAGCUGGCAGGGCGCACGACCACAGCGCGGCCGAGGUCUGGAAACGCAGGCUCGCGGAGCUCGGCGUGAAGGUCACCGGCGCCCUGGUCGAGAUGGACGACCUGGCGUCCGCGGCGGAGCACCUGGCGUCGCUGCCAGAGAAGGGUGGGGGCCGCUUGGCGACGAGUCGCGCGCUGCUGUGGCUGCACCUGGGCGAUGUGGAGGCGGCCACGCGGUGUGUGCGGGAUGGACAGGCGGGCGAGACGGGCGCAAGGGUCGUGGGUGCGCUGGCUGAUAUGGCGGAUGGCGAGUACGUAGCCGCGCUGGGCAAGUGGCAGGCUCUGCAGGCCGAGAUGGAGCAGAAUGGGGUUCGGGAUGAGAUGGUUGGGGUCAACCUUGCCGUCUGCUUGCUCUACACUGGACAGAUGCCUGAAGGUCGCGAUAUCUUGGAGGGUCUAGCCGAGGCGGGCCUGACGUCUCAUACCUUGCUCUUUAAUUUGACGACUAUGUACGAGCUCUGCACGGAGAGGGCCAAGGGUCUGAAGGUCAAGCUGGCGGAGCGCGUGGCGGACAUGCAGCCGUCGGCGCAGGGCUGGGAGAAGACGAAUGGGGACUUCAAGCUCUAG